AUGAGUGUGAGCAGCAGCCAUCAUGCAAGCUCAAGCCGGUCUAAAAAUGAUAAGUUCUUUGGUUCUCUUUAUUCCCACAGAUCAGACCUCUCAAACCAAACCCUGAUCAUCUUCAAUUUCGAAGGAGCUUUGCUGAAAUCCUCUUCUUUGUUUGAUUACUUCAUGCUCGUGGCGUUUGAAGCCGGAGGCUUGUUAAGGUCACUUGUUCUCUUUCUUCUGUACCCUCUUAUAUGUUUGGUGAGUGAAGAAAUUGGGUUGAAGAUAAUGGUCAUGGUCUGCUUCUUUGGGCUCAAGAAAGAUAGCUUCAGAGUUGGGACGGCUGUGUUGCCUAAGUUCUUCUUUGAAGACGUUGGGUUGGAAGCCUUUGAGGUUUUACAAAGAGCUAGGAAGAAAGUUGGUGUUAGUAAUCUUCCUCGAGUAAUGAUUGAGAGCUUCUUAAAAGACUAUUUAGAGAUAGAUGUGGUAGUUGGGAAGGAGCUAAAGGUGUUUUGUGGAUACUUUUUGGGUGUCAUGGAAGAAAAGGAGAACAACGUUUUGCCUGUUUUGGAAGAACAUGAUGGGGAGGACAUGGGUUUUGACAUAAUUGGCAUCACUGCCUCCAACAAAUUUCAUGAUCACCAAUUAUUCUAUUAUUGCAAGGAUGUCUACUUGGUGGGGAACUCAGAUAAGAGGAGCUCGAAGAAGCUGCCAAGAGACAGAUACCCGAAGAAACUUGUGUUCCACGAUGGUAGGUUAGCUCUCAAACCGACCCCACUGGAUACAAUCGCCAUAUUGAUGUGGGUCCCACUUGGAAUUGCCCUAGCAAUCUUCAGAAUCAUAGUCGGCAUAUCACUGCCUUACGGCGUGUCAUUCCCUAUACUAAGUUUCAGUGGUCUGCGGUUGACUGUGAAUGAUAAUACAAAACGCGAGAGCCAAAGCAUUAAUAAUUCUCAUCGUUCACUUCCAAACGACAAGCCCAAAAGUGUCCUUUACGUUUGUAACCACAGAACACUCCUAGACCCUCUAUACAUUUGCUUCGCAUUGAAGAAAAAUCUCCACGCAGUAACGUACAGCCUAAGCAAAAUGUCUGAGAUUCUCUCACCAAUCAAGACUGUUAGAUUGACAAGGAACCGCCAUCAAGAUGCCGAGAUGAUGGAAAGGCUGAUGAAUCAAGGCGACGUGGUUGUUUGCCCCGAAGGAACGACAUGUCGUGAACCCUACCUCCUUAGGUUUAGCCCUUUGUUUUCAGAAAUCAGUGAUGAAAUAGUACCUGUUGCAGUUGACACACAUGUCACCAUGUUCCAUGGUACGACUGCUGGUGGGCUCAAGUGCUUGGAUCCACUUUUCUUCAUGAUGAACCCCUCAGCAAUCUACACUGUUCAGUUGCUGGAUACGGUAUCUGGGCUGUCUUGCUGUCGUGAUGGGAGUAGAUCAAGCAUUGAUGUGGCUAAUUACGUGCAAGGUGAAGUUGGUAGGGCAUUGGGGUUUGAAUGCACCAAGUUCACAAGGAGAGAUAAAUACUUUAUUUUGGCCGGGAAUGAAGGUAUUGCUUGUAAAAGUAAUCAGCCUUUAAAAUUCGAGUAA